AUGGCGCAGGCGCUCGCCGAGGCCACCCAGGCGCUGUGCGCGGCGGGCGGGAGCCUGGAGCUGGAGGAGCUGCGGCGGCGGCUGCGGGUGGACACGGGGGCCCUCGAGGCACUGCUGUGCCGGGGCGAGCGGCUGGCGGUGGCCCAGCGGGGCUCGGGGAAGCGGGCGGUGCGCGUGGUGCUGGCGGUGACCGCGCUGCGCCUGUGCCGCCUGUCUGCCUGCCCCGGGGUGUGCGCGGACCUGCACUUCUGCAAGUUCCAGCUCUACGGCGACUGCAAGAUCGAGAAGACCGGGAAGAAGUGCCGAAAUGGCCACAGCCUGUCGACCCAGCACAACCUGGGCGUGCUGCGGACCCACGGCGUGGACCACCUCAGCUACAGCGAGCUCUGCCAGCUGCUGUUCCAGAAUGACCCCUGGCUCCUGCCCGAGAUCUGUCUCCAUUACAACAAGGGGGACGGGCCCUACGGCUCCUGCACCUUCGAGAGGCAGUGCAUCAAGCUCCACCUCUGCCAGUACUUCCUGCAGGGGGACUGCAAGUUUGGCGUGAGCUGCAAGCGCUCCCACGACUUCUCCCGUCCCGAGACGCUGGAAAAACUCAAGAAGCUGGGCAUGAGCCCCGACCUGGUGCGCAGGCUGCCAAACAUCUACCGGAACGCGCACAGCAUCAAGAACCCGGGCACGCCGGAGGCCCAGGGACUGGUCCCUCCUGGCCAUGUGCCCAAAGGACAAAGCAUGUCUAUGUGCUUCUUUGUAGAAAGAAAAGACACGUCGCCGGCUGGGUCCUCGAGCACGGCCAGCUCAGAGGAGAACAAGCAGAUCUGCCUGUACCACGUCUGGAAGGGCUGCGGCUUCCAGGACCAGUGCCAGUACGUCCACUUCCAUUUGCCCUAUCGCUGGCAGUUCAGGGAUGGAGACACGUGGAAGGACUUGGAUAAAAUGGAGCUCGUUGAAGAGGCCUACAGCAAUCCUCACAAAGAGGGGUACCUGUGUACACACACGUCCCAUGCCUCCUCCUCCCAUUGCCUUGACUUUGGCACCAUGAUGCUUGGCACCAGUCCGGUUCGCCGGCUCUCCACCGCCUCCUCGGUCACCAAGCCACCGUACUUCAUCCUCACCACUGACUGGGUGUGGUACUGGACUGACCAAAGCGGCUGGCAGGAGUACGGAAAACAGGGCACAGAGCACCCUGUGGCUACAGUCGGCAGCCCCGAGUUGGAGAAGGCCUACCUGGCAUACUGCGCACCUGGCUCUGACGCCCAGGCAUCUACUCUGAAGUUCACAGCUGGGAGGCACAGCUACGAGUUAGAUUUCAAAGCCUUUACUCAGAAGAAACUUAGCCACGGCAGGGUCAGAAAGGUCUGCCGUCGACCCAAGUACGUGUCCCCACAGGAUGUGAAGACGAAACGAGCCUGCAACACCAGCCUGAAAGACCCCAGGAACAUCCCCAACCACUGGGACCUGUCUCCUUCUGCCCUGCCGGACCUGGGAUUUAAGAGGAUCGCCCUCAGCCCUUCCUCGGAGGAGUACCAGAGAGUCCAGGAGCUCUUCAGCCAGACGCUGCCCUCCUGUGUGAUUCAGGGGAUCGAGCGUGUGCAGAACCUGAGCCUCUGGGAAGUCUACCAGUGGCAGAAGGGUCAGAUGCAGAAGCAGCGCUGGGACGGGAAGGUGGACGAGCGGCAGCUCUUCCACGGCACCAGCUCCGCCUUGGUGGACGCCAUCUGCCAGCAGAACUUCGACUGGCGCGUGUGUGGGCUCCAUGGCACCUCCUAUGGCAAGGGAAGCUACUUUGCCCGCGAUGCCGCCUACUCCCAUCACUACUGUGAGUCUACCUCUCAGAACCAUGCGAUGUUCCUGGCCCGAGUGCUGGUGGGCGAAUUCACCCGCGGGCACUGCUCCUUUGUCCGCCCCCCGACCAAGGAGGGCCAGGGCGCUAUCUUCUACGACAGCUGUGUCAACAGCGUGCUCGACCCAUCCAUUUUCGUGAUCUUUGAGAAGCACCAGGUCUACCCUGAGUAUCUCAUCCAGUACAGGGCUGACCACAUGCCCGAGACCACUGCCUCGGCCUCUGCUUUGGCCUACACCUCCACCUUGGGCCACGUGUGUGUGGGCUUCUGGGGGUGGUUCAGCAGCUGA